CCCCUUUUGAAAAAAGUGGGGUAUAUUGUUUUGCACAUGUCGGUCGGUCGGUCGGUCGGUCUGUCUGUCUGUCGGUCGGUCGGUCGGUCGGUCGGAAUACCAAAUGGUUUCCGAUCAAUAACUUGAGAACGCUUUGACCGAGGGACCUCAUACUUGGUAUGUGUAUUGGUCAUCACCAGCAGAUGAACCCUAUUGAUUUUGAGGUCAGUGGGUCAAAGGUCAAGGUCAGUGUGACCUUUACAUGAAAAACGGUUUCCGAUCAAUAACUUGAGAACGCUUUGACCCAGGAACCUCAUACUUGGUAGGUGUAUUGGUCAUGACCAGCAGAUGAACCCUAUUGAUUUUGAGGUCAGUGGGUCAAAGGUCAAGGUCAGUGUGACCUUAACAUGAAAAACGGUUUCCGAUCAAUAACUUGAGAACGCUUUGACCCAGGGACCUCAUACUAGGUAGGCUUAUUGGUCAUGACCAGCAGAUGAACCCUAUUGAUUUUGAGGUCAGUGGGUCAAAGGUCAAGGUCAGUGUGACCUUUACAUGAAAAACGGUUUCCGAUCAAUAACUUGAGAACGCUUUGACCCAGGAACCUCAUACUUGGUAGGUGUAUUGGUCAUGACCAGCAGAUGAACCCUAUUGAUUUUGAGGUCAAAGGUCAAGGUCAGUGUGACCUUAACAUGAAAAACGGUUUCCGAUCAAUAACUUGAGAACGCUUUGACCCAGGGACCUCAUACUAGGUAGGCUUAUUGGUCAUGACCAGCAGAUGAACCCUAUUGAUUUUGAGGUCAGUGGGUCAAAGGUCAAGGUCAGUGUGACCUUUACAUGAAAAAUGGUUUCCGAUCAAUAACUUGAACGCUUUGACCCAGGGACCUCAUACUUGGUAGGCGUAUUGGUCAUGACCAGCAGAUGAACCCUAUUAAUUUUACGUUAAUGUGACCUUGAACUGAUAAACAAGUUCUGAUAAACAACAUGAAAAAAACGGGUUUCCUAAAGGAUUUUCAUCUUUAUACCUGUAAGUAUGCCUAAGGACUUCAAACAUGGUAAGUUUGCUAAAUGAUUUCCUUUUUAUAAUUAUUCUGUUUGGGCUGGUCAUUAGGAAAGUUGGGAAGCUAUUGCCGAACACCAGGCUUUUGCGUUGUCGUUGACCUUAUUUUGUUAAAUUUUAUCAGCCAGCUCUUAUUAUCUCCAAAUUUUGUUAAAUUUUAUCAGCCAGCUCUUAUUAUCUCCAAAAAACUUACAUCCUGGUGAUGGUAGGGGACCAUUAGCUCCUGCUGCUGCCCAGUUUGACCUACUGUUAAGGUCAAUUUCACUAAGAAGUUGGCCUGUGAUAAAACUAUUUUCAACUAAAAUCCCAUAUAAUUAAUAUACUGUUCAAGAUAAUACUUACAAUGCUUAACAUAAGCCCCCAUGUGGUUCUGGGGUUUGUCUGCAUGGCAUAAGAAUCUGGACCACUGCUUACCCCUUGCAUGAUCGUAAAAGGCGACUAAUAGGGGCUUUAAAUAUCCUUUAACAGCUUUAUAACAUCUUGUAUUUUUAUAUUUGUAGAAAAAUGAACACACCAAGUUUAAUCAGUGGAUGUUCCCUUCAGCUAACUGGACUGUUUGCCAGGCUGCAACAAGGGAAAAUAAGUGUAGAAAACGCUAACAUAGAACUGAUUAGAAUCACAGAUGACCUAGAUAAGGCUGCUAACAAUUGCAAGUCAUCAUUAGAAACAGUUAUAAUGGAGAAUAAAAAGCUUAGACAGCAGAACCAGGGCCUCCAUAAAGACGCCUACAAUAAACAGGAACAGAUCCUCCGCCUACAAUCAAAAACUCUGAAGCUGGAGUCUGAGAGAAAUGUAGCCCUAACUGAACUUGCAGAACUGAAGAAAUGGACUGAGGAUGACGACACAGUUCUUCUGGAUGCUAGCGGAGGUGUUCUGGAUGCUAGCAGAGAUGUUCUGGAUGCUAGCAGAGAAGUUCUGGAUGCUAGCAGAGAUGUUCUGGAUGCUAGCGCAGAUGUUAGCGGAGAUGUUAUGGAUGCUAGCGGAGAUAUUAGCGGAGAUGUUCUGGAUGCUAGCGGAGAUGUUAGCGGAGAUGUUCUGGAUGCUAGUGAAGAUGUUAGCGGAGAUGUUCUGGAUGCUAGUGGAGAUGUUAGCGGAAAAGUUCUGGAUGCUAGUGGAGAUGUUCUGGAUGCUAGUGCAUUAUAAGACAUAUGGCCAGACAAGAAGGAAGGACAAGAGAAAACAGAUUGACUUCGAAUGAGUAUCAAGACAUGGGAUAUAAUUGCUCUUCUUUUUAAAGAUGUAUCAUUUUGGUUGAAUAUAAAAUGCUUUUUGGAACUAUUUGGAACUAUUUGGAUUCUGACAGUGACCGGAUGUGUGACUUUGAAGACAAUGACAGCUAUUUUGUGUAGUUUGGUGAUAAAGAUAUGGCUUGAACUACAGCAAAAAUAUUUUAAAACUGACACCUGAUAUUGCCAAUAUCAGGUGUCAAGUUUGGUAAUACAAAUAUUUUAUAAUUGCAGGACAGUUGAUUUUUAAAGGGUUGUAUGAGAUAACUGAGAUUUUAAAGGCUGUGUUGGAUUGUUCUGGUUUUGACAAUUAUUUCUUUAUUAAGGUGUUAAACAUAUGGCUAAAGUUAAGCCAAAGUAUUUUUAUUUUAAUUAUGAAAAAGUGGCCACUUUUAUGGUUGUUGUAGAGAUUGUUUUGUAGAUAUAUGCCAUGUUUCUUUUAGAGCUACAUUGUAAGGUUUUUUGCAUAGUUGUCAUCAUUUGAAUAGUUGCUGUCAGUAGUACUUUGAUUUAGUCUUCUUCAAUGAAUAUAGGCUUAGACUAGAAGUUGAUUUGUUUAUUUUGAACCAUUUUUUACCAAGAUCUUGUUAAUUCAGAGCUCCAGAAAGAAUAAUUUUGUACAUGCUAUUUUUUCCUCGACACCACAUUUCCUAGUUGUUAAAAUUCGUAAUGGUGCUUGUCAAAAUCAGUCUUUAGGCUGGUCUUUGUAAAGAACUAAACAUUUAUGUUGUACACAUUAUUUUGUGGAGCUCUUUAAAGUAACAGUUUUUAAAAAACAACUAUGCUACCAAUCAAUACAAUGUAGCUCUUUUACUUGUCAUGUUCAUGUUUGAUUAAUAAAAAUAAACUUUAGGUCCAAGUAUACCAUGCCGAAGACAAAAAAAAGAUCGCUGAGGCAACAGAGGGCUUUGGACAAAAUGCGAAAGCAGAAAAAGGUGGUUCCUAAUAGCAGUAUGGAUAUGCCCCUUGAACCAGUGAAUUCUCAACUAGACAGUCAAGCCCCUGCACCUCAAACAUUUAGUGUGCCUGUUGAAACCGAGCCUCAGCAUCAGGAUAUAUUCUAUGGAUUAAAUCCAAGCAGUGUUAUGAUGGGAUAUAUUGACAUACAAGUGCUGGACUACUACUCUGCCUUGUUGAAGGCUCAAUGUGCACAAACACAUGGACUGAUACCACCAUCAGUUCUUUAUCAGCAGCAACUAUCAAAUGAAAACAUACAUACAGGACAGAUUGUACCAGAAGGUGU